AUGUAUCCCCACCUCGAUUCUGACGAUGGUGGCAUGGGCUGCGUUCAAGCCUUCGAGACAGUAUCUCGAGGUACCGAUGACGGUUUUUAUGCAGAGAGAUUGAAAUCAAGAUGGAAACAUGUUAAGGGGUACCCGGAACCGGACAACAGAUGUUUACACUGUGGCUUCUUGAAUUUCGGCUACACUGAUGUCGACCAACUGCAGUUGGGGAUGACUGCCGGGCGUCCAUGCUGCAGGAUUGUAUGGGAGGCUGUUCGUGCCUGGCAUCAGCGCGAAACUGUGUCACCAGAUGGAAUGCAUGUGCUUCCUUGGGUAUGGGGUUACGCUGGAAGAGGUGAAGAGCUUGUCGGGUGCAGCGUUCUGUUGAACUGGCCACUUGAAGAGCAUGAAAGACUCCUCUGGCACUCUGAGAAACAUCCGAUCAUCAACAUCUUCAAAUCCGGUCCAAACAUCGACACCACAGACUUUGUGUCCAAUAUUCCCUUCAUGGAAAGAUUCAGGCCAUCUGGGAACACCGGCUCUGAGCAAUCCAUCAACACGAUCAAAUCAUGGAUGACAAGUUGCAACAGUAGCCACCAUCAUUACUGCACUGUAAACGAAGAAGUCCGGCUGCCAAAACGGAUCCUAGAGCUUACUGAGGCUCGUUUUCAUCUCCGCGAAGGACUAGGUAACGAAGCGAUCUACGCUUGCCUCAGCCAUUGUUGGGGCGCGACGGGUCCGUCUUUCAUGCUGACUGAGGAUACUGUUGAGAAUUUAAAAGCCGGUAUCAUACAGCAGGACAUAGACGACUGGAAAGAAGCUGCUGCAACUAUGGCAGAUAUCUACGAGAAUGCCUUCCUCACUAUCGCUGCAACGAAAUCGAGCGAUAGCGAGGGUGGUUGCUUCUCUAGAUUAACGGGCCUUGAUCAAGCAAAACAUUUAGAAUCGUCUGGCUUGUAUGCUUCAAAGCGUGUAAAGCCUUACCUUCCAGGGACCGGCUACGCCUUGAUGUCAAGAGAAGGUCCAUGGCCAUUACUACGCCGCGCGUGGGUAUUUCAAGAGCGGCUCCUGUCGCCACGAGUAGUCCAUUUCACUGAUUACCAGCUGGUUUGGGAAUGUCGAUCUGUUCAACAGUCCGAAACUGGUGAUAUCAAUGACGAUUGGACAAAACAUGAUCUUCCUUGGGACAUUGACGAUUCCAUGCCCGAAAUGAUUAACUAUCCGUUCAAGUUCCUGCACACAGAAACUGGCAAUACCUGGCAAACUGUGGUCUUUGAAUACUCGCGACUACAGCUUACGCACGCCAGUGACCGCCUACCAGCAAUCGCAGCGAUUGUUCAGAGAACGAUGAGAGCGCUUCUCUUCUGGUGGACUCUGCAUGGUCUCGCAUCAAAAUUCAAGGAGACCUGGAACGACCCGAUUACACACAGCCUACGUGGUCCUGGACAUCUGUUCCAGGAGCUGUUUCGUUUUACAAAGUUUCUGUUCUCCCCUCAACAAGACUGGUGGACGUCCAGUAUAGAGCUGUUGGUCCAAGUCAUGUCGGCAGGUUUGCCGAAGCGAGCAUAUUGCUAA